AACCUCAAUGAGGAGAUCAAGGGAACAAAUGGACAGGUUACAAGAGCAGAUAUUCUUCAGGUUGGUCUUCAGGGGUUGCUGAAUGCUCUCUUUUCUAAUCCUAUGGAUGACAACUUAAUUUGUGCAGUAAAAUUACUGAAGUUGACAGGGUCAGUUUUGGAAGAUGCCUGGAAGGAGAAAGGAAAGACUGAUAUGGAAGAAAUCAUUCAGAGAAUUGAGAAUGUUGUCCUAGAUGCAAAUUGCAGCAGAGAUGUGAAACAGAUGCUCUUGAAGCUUGUUGAACUCCGGUCAAGUAACUGGGGUAGAGUCCACGCAACUUCAAUGUACAGAGAAGCAACACCUGAAAAUGAUCCUAAUUAUUUUAUGAAUGAACCAACAUUUUAUACCUCUGACGGUGUUCCUUUCACUGCGGCCGACCCAGAUUACCAAGAGAAAUAUCAAGAGUUACUUGAAAGAGAAGACUUUUUUCCAGAUUAUGAAGAAAAUGGGACAGAUUUAUCAGGGGCUGGUGAUCCAUACUUGGAUGAUAUUGAUGAUGAGAUGGACCCAGAGAUAGAAGAAGCUUAUGAAAAGUUUUGUUUGGAAUCAGAGCGUAAGCAAAAACAGUAAAGCUAAAUUUCAACAUAACAGUUUUAUAAAGCAGUUUAGGUUAUGGUGAUUUAGCAGAACACAGGAAAACAGGAAAAUGUGUCACACUUAUACCAAAUUAAGGAUGUUGAGUUAUGUUACUAAUGUAUGCAACUUUAAUUUUGUUUAACACUAUCUGCCAAAAU